UGUUUACAAAGUGACAGAAAUAGAAAUAGUAAAACAAAUUUCAAGCAAUUCACUUCACCGGUUUUUGCUUUUGGAAUUAUUAAUUAAAUUAUACUAACAAUUUAAAACUAUGACCGGCUUUAUUAACAUCGAAGAAUGCCGCAAACUAGUGAAAUUCUUCAUAGACAUGCGGCGUUAUAAUACGGCUCUAUUCUGGGCCGAAAAGGUGUCCCUAAUGAGUGAGAAUGAUCCCAGAGACAUUUACAUGCAAGCCAAUUGCAUGUUCCUGCUGAAAGAAUAUCAACGGGCUGUCUAUACCAUCAAAUACCAUGGCCUGGAAAAGACUAACAUAAUAUGCUUCUAUUUAGUUCUUGAAUGUCUCUUCGAGUCCAAGGAAUACAACGAAGCCAUAACUCUUAUGAACUCCACAGACUUUGAAUUCCUAUCGUCGUCUUUUAUCAAUAAGUCGUGCAUAGUCGGUGACAACAGCAGCAUCUGGUUGGAUGAAAGCAACAAGAACAACGUCCUCGCCUCGAUUAUCUACUUUAAAGGUAAAAUCUAUGAAGCUAUGGACAAUCGUGAUCUCGCCGUUGAUUUCUAUGCCCAAGCUCUGCACAAGUCUGUGUUUUGUUUUGAGGCGCUGGACGCCCUAACUCAACAUGAUAUGCUCAUGGCAAGUGAAGAAAAUGAAUUGCUCCAGCAUCUGCCAUUCUACCAACAGUGCACAGAAGCCGAGACCAAACUCGUUUCGGCUCUAUAUUCCAGCAAAUUGAAAAAGUAUUACGAAACCGAUGGAUCGGAUAUGAAUGCCGAAAGUCUGGCGAACAGCCGCUUCAGCAAAUUCAAAUCUAUAAAAGAUCUUACUGGAAAAAUAAUGAAAACUCUGCCGCACGAAGUUCAGCUAAAUAAGACAAAAAUUUCAAAUCUCGUCGCUCCAGGAGGACCACCAACAAACAUUCUAUCACCCGCUAAUAAGCUUCUCGAGGAUCUGAAGAAUGUUCAGACGUCGUUUUUCAACAACAGCCUGUCGAAGGCAUAUCCCAACGAUGGUGACUCGAAUCGCAUGAACUUCAGCACUCUCAACACAACCAAGGAAUCAGACGAAGCCAACAUGAUACCAUUGUCCGCUUGUUUAGCUAGAAUCGAAAAGAGCACUGACCUGCUGGCCGGCAAAGCGUUGAAACUCUUCUACAACUGUGAAUACAAACACUGUUUGCAGGUUUUAAACGAGUUACUCAAGAUCGACCCACACCACCGCGAUGGAUUAACCGUCCAGAUUGGUUGUCUGGUCGAACUUAAAGAUUGUAGCAAACUCUUCUAUUUGGCACACAAACUGGUCGAUAACUACCCCGAGAAGGCCUUGUCCUGGUACGCUGUUGGUUGCUACUACGAUUUGAUUGGCAAGAGCGACCCAGCAAGGCGUUAUCUCCUCAAGGCAACAUCGCUUGAUCGCCUCUAUGGUCCAGCGUGGUUAGCCUAUGGCCAUUCAUUUGCCAAGGAGAACGAACACGACCAAGCUAUGGCAGCUUACUUCAAGGCUACGCAGCUGAUGCGGGGCUGUCAUUUGCCACUUCUGUAUAUUGGCGUUGAAUGUGGAAUGACGAAAAACCUCGAAUUGGCUGAGCAGUUCUUUUACAAAGCCCUUUUUGUCGCCCCACUCGACGUAUUCAUUCUGCACGAAUUGGGCAUAAUAAAGUACGAAUACCAGUGCUAUGACAGUGCUGAGGAUAUUUUCCGGGCCACAGUGGAAAUUGUAACCGCCCGCUCGAAUAAAAAUAUGGAAGACAUAUCUCCGAAGUGGGAGUCGUUAUUCAAUAAUCUCGGUCACUGUUGCAGGAAAAACAAAAAGUACGAAGAAGCACUGAAACACCAUCAAUUCGCGUUAUUGUUGAAGCCACAAUCGGCCCAGACAUACACAGCCAUCGGAUAUAUUUACGCUUUGAUGGGAAAUCUCGAGGAAGCCAUUGUGAAUUGUCACAAGAGUCUGGCUUUGAAUAGAGAUUGUGUGGUAACAUCAACGAUUUUGAAGAAUUGCAUUGAAGAUCAUAUGGAGAGUCAGAAUGAGUCUGAGGACGAGGAAACGAUGCUUAAUAAUUGCAAGCAGAAAAAUAUUUAAAUUUAUGGGAAAUUAAAAUGUUAAGAUUAAUUGUAACUUACUAUUAUGCCUUGUUAAAGAAAAGAACAAAAUAAUAAGAUUAUGAAAAAUUA